UAAAAAGGCUCCCCUUGAAAAAUGGAACUCCAUUGAUAGAAAAGAGAAAAACGUGACGCAUUCACAUAGAUAUGAUUAUAAAAGAAGAAACCGUUUUGAGAGUAGAAAGAAACAAGUAAGAAAUGGCGAGCAGACAGGAUGAGGAAUUCAGUGUGAGGGCCGGCCAAAUCGUGGGCCAAGCUCAUGUGAAGAGGGAUGACUGCAAUAACUCUUCCCAAGCUUCAGGCUUUCUCCAGCAGAAAGGGGAGAAAGUGAAGAACAUGGCGCAAGAAGCAUCAGAGGCAGUGAAGAACAAAUUGGGAUUGAACAAUGAUAACAACAAUGAAUAUAAGAGCAAGAACCCUUUGGACAAAAAGAACCCUAACAACACAACCAGUCCAAGCAUGCCUGGCCAUCCUCCUUCUGACAUCUAAUCUUUCACAAAACUCAUCUUUUUAUUCCACUAAUAAAUGUCUGUAAUAAUAAGGGGAUAUUACACAAUGCAUCCUAGCCAAGAUAUGGUCAAACUUUUUUUUUGGCUUUAGACAUGUUCACACUUGUAUUGACCAAUACAUAUUGAGACUUUGGUAA